AUGCGACCGGCUCUUCACGGAGUGGUACACGUUGCAGCAUGGGAGCGGGAGCGUCCAAAAACUGACCCGGCUGCAGUCGUUUGUGAGAACCAGCUGGCGCGGCAUGUGGACGGGAGGAACGUGCACGGGUCCGUCAUCCUCGGCCUCCACACCGACGAAGAGUUCACAGGAGGAGGCGUGACGGUGUGGGACUGUACCCCUCAAGAUGUCUUCAACUACCCCAUCAACCCCGGAGACAUCUGCUUCCUCGACCGCUGCGUCUGGCACCAAGGGAACCCUAUCACCUCGGGCAUGCGCUGGGUCAUCGUUAUCUUCUACUCUGUGGAGGGAGAGAAUCUUUCGCGUGCGGAUAGCAGGUCACGAGGAGUGCACAAAGUGAACGCUUCCUCCCUGCUCGAGAGUUUGAAGUGGAUCAAGACGACGGGGGCUCACGGCAUGCAGCUGCAAGGCGGCGAGAAGUUCCAGCAGAGUCAGCAGCAGAUAGUUGCGCAUCCUCUGGACGAAGAGACCCGAGCAAUACUGAAGACUCAGCGGGAUGAAGAGGCAAGAAUGAAGGAGAAGGAGAGGCGGGCGAAGGAGGACGCGGAGAAACUCAAAGUUGCAGCCAAGGAGCAGGAGCAGGAGCAGGAGCAGGAGCAGGAGCAGGAGACGGAGAAGGAGACGGGGCCGAUCUCUGCCCCUGACCUCCCGCAGGAUGAGACUGAAACCGUUCGGCUCCUCCCGCCCGUCGGUACCGCUGGCAUCGUCUCCCUCCUCCUCGCCGUCUCGUGGGUGGCAUGGAAACUCAGUCGAAGGACUUGA